CAUCAGCUGAGUAAAGUUGCCAACCAAACGAAUUUCGUCGUUGCAUUAGAAUUAGCACACUUUCGAAACCCCAACAAAAACCCUUAACUAAGAAUUCACAAAUAUCGACAAUCUAGGGUUUUCCAACGAAACUCUUCCGAAUCUCGCAUCCUACAAGGUGAUUAAGAGCUAUGGAUUUCGAUGAGUACGAGUAUCUGGAGAAAACUGUGGAAGAUCCGGAGGAUCGAGAUGGCUCUAAGAAGAAUAAGCGAGACGGUACAGCUGAGAAGACUGAAAGGAGUUACCGAAAGAGAGACGCCGAUGAAGAUAUCGAUAACGGGGAUGAGGAGCGCAGGAGGCGCAAGAAAUCCAGAGACGAUGACGAUGAGAGGCGCGAGAAGGAUCGUCAUAAGAGCAGCCGAGAUAGAGACAGAGAAAGAGAAAGAGAAUCUGAGAGGGACAGGGACAGAGAUAGGGAGAGGGCUAGCAGGGAGAGGGAGAAGGAGAGGGAAAGGGGUAGCCGGGAGAAGGAGAGGGAAAGGGGUAGCCGUGAGAAGGAUAGAGAGAUGGAGAAGGAGAGGAGAGAACGAGAUAGGGAGAGAGAAAGAGAGAGGGAGAAGAGAGAGAAGUCCAGUAGGGAGAGAGAGAAGGAAAGAGACAGGGAGAGAGAGGAUGAGAGAGAGAGGUCGAGGAGAAGCAGAAGCCGCUCGUCUAGGAGACAUGACGGGGGUGAGAGGGAGAGGGAGAUGGAGCUUAGAGAGGCAGAAAGCGAAAUGGAGAUGAGAGAGCACAGGAGAUUUAGAGACAAGAAAGAAACGGGGGAGCCUGAAGCUGAUCCUGAAAGGGACCAGAGAACUGUUUUUGCCUACCAGAUGCCUCUAAAGGCCUCCGAGAGGGAUGUUUAUGAGUUCUUCUCGAAAGCAGGCAAGGUGAGGGAUGUUAAAUUGAUCAUGGACAGAAAUUCAAGACGUUCAAAAGGAGUUGGGUAUAUAGAAUUUUAUGAUGCAAUGUCUGUUCCAAUGGCGAUAGCUCUCUCUGGCCAGCUGCUUCGUGGACAACCUGUAAUGGUUAAACCUUCAGAGGCUGAAAAGAACCUUGCUCAAUCUAAUACUUCUGGUGGCAGCGCAGGUGUGGCUACUGGACCUUAUGGAGCUGUUGACAGAAAACUCUAUGUUGGAAAUUUGCACUUUAACAUGACAGAGAUUCAGCUUAGACAGAUUUUCGAACCAUUUGGCACUGUUGAGCUUGUGCAGCUGCCGCUUGACCUCGAGACUGGACACUGCAAAGGCUUUGGGUUUGUUCAAUUUGCUCAACUUGAAAGUGCAAAGAUUGCUCAAAGUGCUUUGAAUGGACAAUUGGAGAUUGCUGGUCGAGUAAUUAAGGUCUCAUCUGUUACCGAUCAUGUCGGAACGCAAGAUAUUGCGGUGAAGUCUGCAGACUUGGAUGAUGAUGACGGGGGUGGACUGUCUUUGAAUGCUCAGUCAAGAGCUAUGUUAAUGCAGAAGCUGGACCGUACUGGCAUUGCCUCAAGUAUUGCGGGGUCUCUAGGAGCACCCAUAUUAAAUGGACCUGCUUCAAGUCAACCGCUCAUUGGCUUACCUAUUAAUGGGCAGGCUGUGACACCAGUUCUUCCAACUCAAGUUUUCCCAUCUCCGGCCUCUGAACCUGUUGGACUCCCUAGCGAGUGUUUGUUGUUAAAAAAUAUGUUUGAUCCAGCAACUGAGACUGAGCCAGAUUUUGACUUGGACAUCAAAGAUGAUGUUGAAGAAGAAUGUUCAAAGUAUGGCCGAGUAAAGCAUAUCUAUGUGGACAAGAAUAGUGCUGGUUUCGUGUAUUUACGGUUUGAAACUGUUGAAGCUUCAGCAAAUGCUCAACAUGCAAUGCAUAUGAGAUGGUUUGCACGCAGCUACCUCAGGAAUAUGAAGCGAAGUUCAGAGGUUAAAUUUGAACAAGUUGUCACUAGCCACGGGUUCUUUGUGAUCAUUUCUGGUGGGAAAACCUUUUAUAUGAGAAAAAUCACUAGUGGGCGCAUUAUACUAUUGCGUUGGUCUUCCUUCUUAUUUCCUUGUUCGGUCUAGAGAAAUCCUGUUAGUGAACGUUUCUUGCAUGCAGCUAUCUCAUGAAUACAAAGUUGGGUUCUAGGGUGGAACCUGAUCAAGUCAUGACCAGGAUGACUCCCAAUUUCUAUUGGGGAAUACAGCUAGUUGGACUGUACUACCAUCUUCUAAUUUUAUAUUUUGCAUAAGACAUAAUGGGUCAUGUGGUAGUGGUUAAUGGUUAUAUUUGUUUUAACCCUUUGUCGGUUACCUGGAAUCUGUUUUCUCAAUCAUGCAUUUGGAAUGUAGUUUUGGAAUCUUCGAUUUUUUAAUUAAACUGGACGUGUUGAAAAGACCUAGUUAUAUUUGUUGGAAAGGCCUGUUAUUUGCUUUCCCAACACUUUUUUUUAGAAGUGGGUGCAGAAACUCUUGAUAUUA